ACGAGGAGCAGGACGAUGGCGGCUCGAAGAACAACGAGCCUGAGGCCGAGUCCCGGUCCUGGGACAGCAGAGGCAGGCGACAGCAGCGGCGACAGCAACGGCGACAACAGCGGCAACAGCAGCGCGGAACCGAUGGCUGAAGCGGAGGACUGCCCCCCCGGGCUGACGAAGGACGGGGCGGAGCGGAAGAGGAGUGCUUCCGGCCAGAUCAGCACCCCUCUUCCGUUUCUGCCGCACCGCAGGCGGUACCGUACUGAGUCCGAGGACAGUCUGAGCCACAGCUUCGCCUCGCAGAGUGGUGGAGAGGACGAGGAAGACAAGGAAGAGGAAGAGGAAGACAACGGCGACGACGGCGACGACGAAGAAGAGCAGGACGAGGAGUGCGAGCCACCGGUCUCCGCCGCCAUGCUGAACAUCUUCCGCUCCAUCCCAACGCAGAUGGACUACAAGGGCCAAAAAUUAGCAGAACAGAUUUUUCAAGGAAUCAUUCUUGUCUCUGCAAUAAUUGGUUUUAUCUAUGGCUACAUCACUGAGCAGUUUGGAUGGACCGUCUACAUAGUUAUGGCUGGAUUUGCUUUAUCGUGUUUGCUAACACUCCCUCCAUGGCCUAUGUACCGUCGCAAUCCUCUGAAGUGGCUCCCUGUCCAGGAGUCAGGAACAGAAGAAAAGAAGCCAGCAGACAGAAAGCCAAAGAGACAUGCUAAAAGCUAAACUCCGUCCCCACUAGUUCUUUAUGCUGUUACUUUGUUAAAUUUUGUUAAAUGCAUUUCCACUAAAUGAUACUUCUUGGC